AUGGCACAUCUUCCUCCUCUCCCAAGGCACAGAAUCACCACCUGGCAAACACACAAUACCGAAAAAGACAUUAAUUUUGCCAUCCAUAUAGAAACCGGAUGGGUUAUCUACGCCGACAUCGACCCGUCCUAUUUCCUAAACUCCCCGCUCCUUCUCCAGGAGUACCAUCACUGUCUGGAGGCACUUCGCGACAACAGCGAAGAAAUGGAUAGUGCCGAAGCAUUAGAAUGGCUUACCAGGCCAUUUGAGCAAGUUGUGGAAGAAUUGACACACUACCCGUCGCCCCUUCGGCCGGGAACAGACGCAACCUUGUCAGACUAUUUGUAUGCGCCUCAUGUCGUGUGUCAACUUCGCGCCGUGAAUGAGCAUUUGCAGCCCCUCAGAAUGACCUCGCCUCCACAACUUAGAACCACGACCCCUACAGCCAUUCGUGUGGAGUUUUUGACGCAGCCGCGUCGGUGGACGAAGGCGUUUCACCCGGACGAUGUGAGAAUUCCCAGCCAGCAGUGGGAUCCCACGGUUGCUUCACUUGAUAAGGUCCUGGUCACGAAUAAGGACGGCACUACUACGGCAUGCCACUUCAAGAAACUUGGCUAUUGGUGCCAGCCGAGAGAAGAGAACCCUGAACUGACCGUGCUAAAGAACCUGGCAUUGGCGAGGAAGACAGCUCAGAAUGGACACUUUAUACGGAGUCUUUACGGUCUGGUAAGGGAUAAGUCUCAGCCAGGAUAUGUUGGUAUGCUCUUUAACUGGAUUGACAGCAAAGGCAUGAUGUCGGAGGAUCUGGUAGAGACUGCGGCGCCUCAUGUGCGCGAAAAAUGGGCGACGCAGAUUCAAGAUUCGGUGAGAAAGCUGCACCAACUUGGGCUGGUAUGGGGAAAUCCGGGGUGGAAUUGCGUCCUGAUUGAUCAGGAUGAUAAUGCGUGGAUCAAGUUUGGAAAUGGGUUUUUGCUGGACUGGAUAGAUGAUUCUAAACGGGGGACGGUGGAGGGCGAUUUGCAAGGCGUGGAGAAGCUGCUGCGUAUGCUGAAGAUGGGCGAUAGUUAA